CCCAAAACCCUCACCAGCGCGCCCCCACGCCGAUACGCGAGAGCCAACCGCCCAACCGGAAGUCCUAGUCCAGAUCAGGAAGCUUACGGAAGGCGCCGCCGUCGGCGAUGGAGGCGUUCGGCGGGUUCUUCGUGGACGAGAAGGCGGCGCGGGUGGAGAACAUCUUCCUUGAGUUCCUCAAACGGUUCAAGGAGUCGGAUGGCGCGCCGGAGCCGUUCUACGAGACGGAGAUGGAGGCGAUGCGGUCGCGGGAGUCCACCACCAUGUACGUCGACUUCGCGCACGUCAUGCGCUUCAACGACAUCCUCCAGAAGGCCAUCGCCGAGGAGUACCUCAGGUUUGAACCAUACUUGAGGAAUGCGUGCAAGAGGUUUGUGUUGGAGCACCGGGCGGGUGAGAACCGAGCGCCAAUCAUCUCAGAUGAUAGUCCCAACAAGGAUAUAAAUAUUGCCUUCUACAACAUCCCAAUGCUGAAAAGGCUGAGAGAGCUUGGGACAGCGGAAAUUGGUAAACUUACAUCAGUAAUGGGUGUUGUGACACGGACGAGUGAGGUGCGGCCUGAACUAUUGCAAGGCACCUUCAAGUGCCUCGACUGUGGGAAUGUUGUGAAGAAUGUGGAGCAGCAGUUCAAGUACACUGAGCCGAUAAUAUGCGUCAAUGCGACAUGCCAGAACCGAUCAAAAUGGGCCCUUCUCCGCCAGGAGAGCAAAUUCACAGAUUGGCAGAGGGUGAGAAUGCAGGAGACAUCAAAAGAAAUACCAGCUGGUUCACUUCCUCGCUCCCUGGAUGUCAUCUUGCGGCAUGAAAUUGUUGAGAAGGCUAGAGCUGGGGACACGGUUAUAUUUACUGGAACUGUUGUCGCAGUUCCAGAUGUAAUGGCACUAACUUCACCUGGUGAAAGAGCAGAGUGUCGCCGGGAAGCUCCUCAGCGAAAAAAUGGGGGUGUUCAAGAAGGUGUUAAGGGCUUGAAGUCCCUUGGAGUUAGGGAUCUCUCUUAUCGCCUUGCUUUUGUGGCAAAUUCAGUGCAGGUGGCGGAUGGCAGGAGAGAAGUGGACAUCAGGGACCGGGGCACAGAUGGUGAUGACAGUGAAAUACAGAAAUUCACAGAAGAAGAGGAAGAUGAGGCUGUUAGGAUGAGGAACACUCCUGACUUCUUUAAUAAGAUAGUUGAUAGCAUAUGUCCUACUGUCUUUGGUCAUCAAGAAAUUAAGAGGGCAGUCCUCCUUAUGCUUUUGGGUGGUGUUCACAAGAUAACACAUGAAGGGAUCAACCUUAGAGGUGAUAUCAAUGUCUGUAUUGUUGGUGAUCCAAGCUGUGCAAAGUCUCAAUUCCUGAAAUAUACUGCUGGUAUUGUUCCAAGAUCUGUUUACACAUCGGGGAAGUCAUCAUCUGCUGCUGGUCUGACAGCAACUGUUGCUAAAGAACCAGAGACUGGUGAAUUUUGUAUUGAGGCAGGUGCUCUGAUGUUAGCUGACAAUGGCAUUUGCUGCAUAGAUGAAUUUGAUAAGAUGGACGUUAAAGAUCAGGUUGCUAUACAUGAAGCAAUGGAACAGCAAACCAUUAGCAUAACAAAAGCAGGAAUACAGGCCACCUUGAAUGCGCGAACUUCAAUUUUAGCUGCAGCAAAUCCAACAGGAGGGCGUUAUGACAAGUCUAAACCACUUAAGUACAAUGUGGCGUUGCCCCCAGCUAUUCUUUCAAGAUUUGAUUUGGUGUACAUCAUGAUUGAUGAACCUGAUGAAAACACAGACUACCACAUUGCUCAUCACAUUGUAAGAGUCCAUCAGAAACGUGAAGAAGCACUGGCCCCUGCAUUUAGCACUGCAGAACUGAAGCGAUAUAUUGCGUUUGCGAAGUCUUUGAAACCUCAGCUGAGUUCAGAAGCAAAGAAGGUUUUGGUGGAGUCAUAUGUUACCCUUCGUAGAGGCGAUAGUACUCCUGGAACCAGGGUUGCUUACAGGAUGACUGUAAGGCAAUUGGAAGCAUUGAUCAGGCUAUCAGAAGCUAUUGCUCGAAGCCACUUAGAAAGAACUGUUCUCCCAGCUCAUGUCCGACUGGCAGUUAAAUUGCUUAAGACGUCCAUCAUCAGCGUUGAAUCAAGUGAAGUUGAUCUCUCUGACUUCCAAGAUGCUGAAGACGGAACAAAUGUACCUUCUGAUAAUGAUGCUGGACAGCCAGCUGAAGCAAAUGCUGCUCCUCAACAACAGGAUGCAGAAAAUGAGCAAGCAGCAGAUAACGGUAAGAAGAAAUUGGUAAUAACUGAAGAACACUUCCAGAGAGUUACUCAAGCCUUGGUUAUGAGACUACGGCAGCAUGAAGAGUCCAUCACGAAAGAUGGAGAUGGUCUGGCUGGCAUGAAGCAAGGGGAUCUUAUCAUCUGGUAUGUUGAGCAGCAGAAUGCCAAAGGCGCAUAUAGUUCUACUGCAGAGGUGAAGGAAGAAGUGAAGUGCAUCAAGGCCAUUAUAGAGAGGCUUAUACAGCGGGAAGGCCACCUUAUAGUCAUAGUCGAAGGCACAGCCGCCGCGGCCGAGGAUGGCGCUGGCGCGCGAAGAACAUCCGAGAGCAGAAUAUUGGCAGUUAACCCGAACUAUGUUAUUGAUUAGCAGCAGCCUGGAACCAUGCCGCUAACUCGGGUCAGUUGAUGUGGUUAACCAAUAGUAGUGAGCUCCCUGUGCCAUGAUGCCCUGGCACUGUUGUACCAUCUCCAUCUCUGACGGGCUCCUUGCAAUGGAGCGCAUGUUCUCCGGAACUGUAUAAUGAGUUUCUUGCUUCUAGGUUUAGUGAGGUGUGAUCACUAGUGUACUACCUCUGUAAUUUUGACCUUGUGGCCACUGUGGAAGCGAAGAGAAGAAGCUUAUGAAUCAUUGGUUGUAUUGAAACCAA